ACCUUAUGUGGCGAGGGUUAGUAAAGACACGUGACCAUUGACUGACCAAUCGGAUGCACCCUCAGGUUCAACUAUGUUAAAUGUCAGAUUGCAAUAAACUAGAAGCUGUUGGUCGGGCCCGCGGAAAUGGGCGAGCAUAAUCUCCUUAAUCCUGGGUUUGUGGGACCUUUGGUAAACAUCCACACUGGAGAUACAUUUUACUUUCCAAAUUUUAGAGCCUCUGGGGGACAACUGGCGGGGCUACCAUCUCUCUCGUACCCAAGAAGGGACAAUGUUUGCUCCCUACCGUGGAACCCAUCGGAGCCGUGCAAUGGAUAUCCUCAAUCCUACUUCAACAGCCCUGUAUCCAUUAACCCUUCCUUUAACCGUUCGUGUGAAAUAAUCCGCCCGGAGGAGGGCAAGUGCUAUUAUAGUAACAACAGUGCAAACAGAGAGAGUUGCUCUGAUGGAAAUAGUCUUAAGCGGGAGGAGAGAGCAAGAGACAAUUCUUUAUCGUCUGAGCAUGGACUGCACAAUGGAAUGACCAACAGUGGCACCUAUUCAAAGUAUGACUAUGGGACCGAGCAGAUCAGUCAGGAUCCGUCGUCUUGUCAGUCUCUGGAGUCCGAUUCCAGCUCGUCGCUGCUCAACGAGGGAGGCAAGACCUCAAACAGCGACCCCCAGACCAUGGUAUCGCCGGAAAGUCACACAAGCAUUGCCUCCGGCGGAGGUGGGUGCCACACAUUCAGUCAGGGUGCGCCAUGGUACCCAAUGCAUACUCGCACCCGCAAGAAAAGAAAACCAUACUCCAAACUACAGCUGGCGGAACUGGAGGGGGAGUUUAUGCUCAAUGAGUUCAUAACCAGGCAGCGACGGAGAGAGUUGUCCGACCGGCUCAAUCUCAGCGACCAACAGGUUAAAAUCUGGUUCCAGAACAGGAGAAUGAAGAAGAAAAGACUUUUGAUGCGGGAACAGGCUUUAUCUUUCUUUUAGAGGAAUGAUAUGAAGAAUAGUUUUAUUCCCACACAAUUUUGCAGUGGCCCCAUCCCCUGGAGAGUUGUUGCUGCAACAAAAAAAAUGCACAUUUGGUCCCCACAGUUAAAGCUCAGUAAGUGUAAAUAGCAGAUAUCAUAACGAGAUAUAUAAACUGCUAGUGGGAACCCAGUUGACAGCGUGGUGUAUGUGUAUUUAAGUGGUGUCAGUAUUUAGUGUUUAGUUGAGGAGGAUAUUUCCCAGUGUAUUUCCUGACACUUUGAAAAUGCAAGGAUAAUACACAAGCGUCUCCGUAUGUUUUGACGUGUUACUAUGACAGGUAAUAGGUAGGCCUUUAUGAAAUGAAAACUAUUUUAUUUAGCCGAGGAGGCGUCUGAAUUGACACCAGAAAUCCUGGUUAGUAUUUAGGUUACAAAUAAUUUAAGAGGAAAAGUAAAAACAGGGAUACUAAAGAACAUAAAGAAGCUAAGGUAAUCUAAAAAUCUGAAAAAAGAGAAAGUACGAGAGAUGAAGGGUUGCAAACAAAGUAUCACUACUGCAGAGCCUCAUUAGCCCUCAUGUCCUAACCUAUGUGUCAAACUUUCUCUUAUUCCAGCAUGGGUUCGAAUGAGGAUCAAACCCAAAUGUUCAAUAGCCUUUCCCCAGUGACAGAACCUACCCUAUAUGUAUCUCCCUAUUUGUAGUUUCCACCAUGUGUGCCGACAUGUUCACGGUCACGGGCACAAAGUUUGUCCCAAAGUUGCAUAUCUAACGCUGGGAAGGCUAACCACAGCGCCAGCAAUUUAUGGACAGACGCAUAAUUUAUUUAUCACUAAAAUUGCCAGAAAACCAUUUCUGUCCUGUUCACUGACAGUGUUCCUUUCACAUAACUUGAAAUGAAAAGCUGAUAGUCAAGGGCGAUGUAGUAAUGGAUUAUGCAGUUUGCUCCCGACACCCUGCUGUUAUUCGAAAGGCCUCGUUGAUACGUGGGGCUUUGGAAAACACACAGUAGUCGAACUUGAAAUCCUACAACUCUCCUGUGCCAUUGCAGGGGCGAAGAGACGCGUAUAGGCCUACGUCAUUAGUGCACGUUUCCCUCUUUCAAGUUUAAAGCCUAAAAUCACAGGACGUCGUAAUGUAGUAAUGUAGAAAGCGUUUUGACAAAGUAGUAUUCAUUAUAUUUUAUUUUAAAUGGAAAAUGUACAAAAAACGUACAGCUGUUCCGUACAUUCCCACCAAAAGGGAGAGGCAAUUGUUAUAUAGCUAUAUGUGAUUUAUUAUUAUGAUUGAAAUACAGGUGAAAGAUAUGUGGUGCAUGCGGAGUCUGAACUAGCAUAGAUGAGUUGAAUAAAUAGGCUAUAUGUCUCCCUUUUUGAGAACUGUCGACUGUCGAGUUUUUGAAGACACUUUACCUCACUUGGCGUUUCGAUUUUGUCAUGUUUGAUGCAAAGAAUACGAGUUGAGUGUCUACAUGUGAAUAGCCGCGCAAUAUUUAUUACUAUUAUUAUUAUUAUUAUUAUUAUUAUUAUUAUUAUUAGCCUAUUAUUGGCAUAUAGUCUAAUUUCAAUGGGUUGAUGCUGCUUUCUUUUUCUAUUAUUUUGCUCGUGAAUGGCAUGUCUCGAGAAUUCAUUGAACUAUCUAUUAGGCUAUAGUUCACAUGGGUAAAGUGUGAAUCUCAUACUGCUAAUAUGCAGAAUAACUUGGUCGUGUUUGGUAUAUCGUACAUUCACUUGGGCCUGUUUGUUUUUUCUUUCUGUUGCGCGUUGCAUCAGUAUUGCAUUCCCCAUCUAUCGCCUUUGUCUUGUAUAAAUUGUCAUGAGUAGCCAAUACGAAUGUAUCCCUGUGUAUUGUUUAUGAAAAAUAAAAUCUAUGAACAUAA